AACAUUGAUUGGAUUUUUUUUGUUUACAGAAACUUUUCCAACAUUAAAAACAACAACAAAACAAAAGUGUUACUGUCUCCAGCGGCAAGUGUAAACAUGAAAAGCAACUAGAUCUAAUAACUAAUGUGUAGUUACUCACUGACAGCUGCAUAAUAAUUGUUGACGAAUUGAAGAUAUUGAUGAAUUCUAUACCUGGCAAUGACGCCUCAAGGGGACAUAAAGCAUUUAUCACUUAUAGAUUCUGGUGUAAGCAACAUCUGGUCUUUAUCUCUAGCAAGUGAUCUUGAAAGUUUGAACCUUCAUGGAAAUCACAUUCAUCACAUCAGUAACCUUUCUCAUUUAACAAAUCUUGUUCACUUGGAUUUAUCAGCCAACCAGAUAUCAAUCAUAGAUGGACUAGAAACACUUGUUGGUCUGAAGACAUUGAAUUUGUCGUGCAAUCUCAUUACAGAAGUUUCAGGACUGUCUGGCCUUAGGUCACUUGAGUCUUUAAAUUUGAGCUACAAUCAAAUAGAAAGUAUCAAAGGCUUACACUGUUUUUGUGCAGCAUCAUUCCAUUUGAACUAUUUAGCUUUACAUGGUAACAAGUUAAAGAACAUUCAAGAUGUCAUCAGGUCUGUACAAGGAAUUAGAACUUUACAUCAUUUAGUGCUCCGCCAAGACGGAUCAGGGAAUCCAUUAUGUCACAUUCAAGGUUAUGAGCGUAACAUCUGGUCUAAUGUUCACCAACUACAGACUCUAAAUGGUUUAGAUAAGUCUGGCAAAUUUAAUAGCAAUUUGGAUUCUGUUAGCAAUAUUCCAGGAUUGGCAUCUUGCCUAGAUAUUUUGUUGUCCAGUAGUCAGGACCAAUCAUCUCAGGCCUCCAGUCCAGCUUUAUUUAUUACACCCAAGAUAGAUGCCGUUAUUGAACAGUUCAAACAAAAACUUGCCAUGGCCCAGGACUCCAGCUCAUCAAUGGAUCAUUCUUUAGUCAAAUCUUCUGUCUCAAGUCCACAAACUGACAAUAGCUAUUCUAAAAGCACAAGAAGAAAGGACAAUGCUGGACAUGUCAGCACAGCCAAAGGAAAAAAAACAAGUUUUCAGACACAUCCAGCCUACUCCAGUGAUCCUGAUGAGUCUGACCCAGUACAUGACCAGCCUACCAAGUAUGACCUGGCCACUAAUGAAAUGAUCAGACCCAAAGGAGCCACGAGUGCAGCUACAAGCAGGAGAAGGGGACAGACCCCUGCCAGUGUCAAGAAAUUUGUCCAGGGACUUAGUACUACUGACGGAGCUGAUGUCAAACGAAAAGGUCAGUCCUCAUCCCAGAGAGUUACUUCAAGAAUAGACAAUCAUGACACAUCAGAUCAACGGGGACGGGAUGAAGCUGAAGCUGUAUAUAAGGAUCUCUUGGCCUCUUUAGAAACAGAAAAGGAAAGACGAUGGCAAGCAGAACAGGCAGCUCGUAAAAUGGCGGAACUUCUCAAGAAAGCGCAAGCCAGAGGUCAAGAGAGUGAAGCAAUGAAGAGCUCCGCCAUUGAGGCCACGUCCCAGUUGAAGCAGGCCGUGAUGAAUGAGCAUGAAGCCAAUGUUGUUUUGAAGGAAGAGAUCUUCGCCUUGCAGCGUGACGUCAGCCAAUUAAAAGAGCAACUGGAGGAGGCUAAACGGGCUGAGGAAAAAAGCCGCGAAGCUCUGAAACAAGCGGAGACAACUAUGGCCCGUCAAGAAGCAGACGAGAUGUCCGAACGAGUCCACCAGAAAAGCCAGCUACAAGAAGCACAACACAGAGCGUCGGCCAUGUCUCGAGAAGUUCAAGUGUUGAGACAUUCGCUGGAGGCUACAAAACUUCAGUUGCAACAGUUGCAGGAGACACUGGCUGCCAGAGAAAAUGCCCACAGGGAAGAAUUGAGAACUCGCUACAAGCUCAACAGUCCUGACUUACAACAAAUCAUACAAGAAAAAGUCAAAAAUGCUGAAAGAUCUUUCCAGGCUGAACAGACGAAACAGCAAGAGAGAGUGGAACAACUCACGCUGCAAUACACAGACCUGGAGAACGAGUUCCGUUACGCCUUGCAGUUAGAGGAGACACGAAUGAAAGAGAUCAAAGUUGAUUACGAGCGAGUUUGUGCUGAGAACCUGGAAAAUAAACAGUUGUUGUUGGCGGCACAGAGGAAGGAAGAGUCGACCUCCACCAUGAUCUCAGAGUUGUCUGCGCUUGUGAAGGAGCAGAAAUGUCGCCUGGCAGAACUUGCCAAGAGUAAACAAGAACAGUCGAUGUGUUAUAAGGAAAGAUUACAGGACCUGGAGUCUGAGCUAGCGGAUACUAGAAAGGUUGCUGCCCAGGUAGAGAUUUUAAAACAGAACAAGUCUAAACUUCAAGCUACCAUCCAGGCCCAAGAAUCAGUCAUUGAAGGUCUGAAGGCUGAGAGGAAACUGUGGGGGCAGGAAUUAGCCCAGCAAGGUGCCACUCUAUCCCAAGACCGAGGAAGACUCGAGGCUAAAAUAGAAACUUUGUCCUCUGAAGUGACCAGUCUGAAGAAACAAUUGGAGCGUGAAGUUGACACUGUGAAGAUCAAGACAAAACUGAUCGAAGACCAAACAGAAACCAUUCGAAAGUUAAAGGAGGCUGUAGUCGAGAGAGAUGAAACAAUACGAGCUACGCGAGAGGAGAAUUUGAAGAUUCACAGAUCGCUGGAGGAUCAGCUGAUUGAAGUGAAGAGCUCACUAGAAGAAACAAGGGAUCUACUAGACAGGGCAACUAUUAGAAAAGAUGAGCUGAAAGAACAAGUUGCUAACUUACAGCAUGAGUUGAAAGAAGAAAGAGAAAACCACAGCUUACUGAGUGCUCGGUGGAAAGAGAAAGGGGAAUUGAUUGGUCAACUGGAGACACGUGUGAUCAAAAUGAAAGACACGUGGGGCCAGAAAGAAUCGGACCUGACGAGAGACAGAGACACAGCUCUGGAACAAGCCAAACAAGCCAUUGAGAAACUCAAGUCAGCAGAUAAUAUCUUCAGACAGCAGCUAGACCUUAAAGAAGCAGCUUACCAAGAAAAGAUAACUCAGCUGGAACUAGAGAAAGAAAGAGAACUAGAACUGGCUAAUCAAAAGGUUGUUCUAGUGGAAGAAGAAAUGCGUGAACUCUUGAGAGAGACUGAAAUGAAUAAAAGAGCUAUGGAGGCCAAGUUGAAAAAAUUUACUCAAGCCUUGGGUGAUCUGCAGACUGAUUUCUUGUGAUACUUUUAUGUGAUACUUGUGUACAGACGUGACCAAUCAAAUACCUUGUUCAUGUUGUUUUAGUUGAUGUAAUAAACUUUGCAUAGGCUGUUACAGAAAUGUAUAGUUUUUAUUUGUGUCUGAGAAUACAUGUGAAAUCAGUUCAAAAGAGCUAUUAGGCACAUUGUCCUUAUUGUUAAAAGACAAUGCUUUGUCUUCUCCAAUGAAAUAGACAUCCCCUUUUUCAAAUUUAGCCCACACAUAUUUGAGCAUUCACACAGUUAAAAAAAGAAAAUAUCUAUCAGAUUUUAUAAAGUAUAAUUAUUUAUUUGGACAGUUUCUAUGCUAUAAUUUAAAAAAAAAAAAUAGAAAA